AUGAACAAGAAUUGGAUUAAGAAUUUAGAAAAUAUAAUUGACAAGAAUAAAAUAUUUGAGUGGGAUGAGAAGAAGAACGAGAAAUUGAAAGAUGUGUGUAAGAAUUUUAUAAAAAAGGAUUAUAGUAUUCAUCAUUAUGUUACGAAUCCUAUAAUAAUAGAUAAUUAUAAGAAAGAAAAAAUAAAAGAAUUAUAUGAAUGGCAAGAUGAAUGUUUAAGAGAAUUAAGAAAAGUAAACUGGGAGAAAGGAGAGAAUUUUAUAUGUGUAGCUCCAACAUCUGGUGGGAAAACUUUAGUUACCGAAUUAUUUAUAUUUGAAGAGAUAAAAAAUGGCAAAAAACAAAUAUUUUUCUUAUUUCCAUUAAAAUCAUUAAUAAAUGAAAAAAUGACAUAUUUAAAAAAUAUUUGUAAAGGUACAAAUAUAAGGAUAGGUGUGGAAAUAGAAGAAAAUGAUAUAAUAUUAUGUACAUAUGAAAAAUUUAAUAAUUAUUUAAAUAAAAGGAAAUUAUACGAUGAUAAUAAAUCUGAUAAAUAUAAUAUAAAAAGUAAUAUAUCAUCUAAUUGUACCAAUAAUAAUAAUAAUAAUAAUAAUUUAGAAAAUUUAAAGAAUGACAACAUUAUUGUUAUAAUAGACGAAUUUCAUCAUAUUAAUGAAAAAGGUAGAGGAAUAUAUAUAGAAAAUAUUGUUUCAAAAAUAUUAUAUAUGAAUAAAAAAAGAAGUCGUAUAAAGAUUAUAUGUAUGAGUGGUACAUUAAAUAAUAUCUCCAUAUUAAAAAAAUGGAUGAAAGCUAAAUUUUAUAUAUCUACUUAUCGCCCACAAGAAAUAAAAGAACAUUAUGUAUGUAAUUUUAAUGUAUAUAAAAAAGUACAAGAUGGAAAAUUUUAUAAUACUUGUAAUGUAUUUAGUUUUAAUGAUACAUGUUAUGACAAAAAUGUACAAAAAAAUGAAUCUGCAUCUUUUCAAAAUCAAAAAUUUUAUGAAACUAAUAUGAUGAAUACAUCAGAGUGUUCAUUGCAAUACCUAAAUAAAGAUAAUAUAUAUAAUAAUAAUAAUAAUAUUGAGAUGGUGGGGAUGAAUUCUAGUCAUGUAUUUAUGGCUGGUGGUCAGGAAGAAAGAAAACAAUGUAGUGGACACAAUAAAAGAUCAAGUUAUAAUAGAGGAAGGAGUUAUUCAUACGAACCAAAUAAUAAUAAUAAUAAUAAUAAAAAAAGAAUAAAUUGUAAUCAUAGUAGUAAGUAUUCAUCUAGUAAUAAUAAUACAGUAAGCUAUAGUUAUUUUAGUAGUAUUGAAGAAAGUGAUACCAUCAAUAAUUAUAAUAGCCUGAAUAGCAUGAAUAGCAUGAAUAAUGUGUGUCCAUCCAUUUUAAAUAAUAACAGAAGUUAUAGUAAUUACAACAAUAUGCACUCAUCAAACAUUAGUUUGACUUACAGCUGUAAUAAAAAUAAUUAUCCUAAUAAUAUGAAAAGUAGUGCUCAUAACAACAUGCAUCAUAAUAUAAAUCAUCAAGAAAAUUAUAGAAAUCAAAACAGCUAUAGCCACUUUUCUGGUCAUGGUAGCUAUAUCGAUAAUCAACAUGUUAAUAAUAAUGAUAAGUGUAACUAUGAAGGUAUCCUUAAUAAUAAGAACCAAAUAAACAAUCCUAUUUAUUCAUGUGAUAAUGAUUCCAUAUCAAAUAUUAAGGAUUCACAAUAUUUAUCACAAAAUAGAUACGUGCACACAGAAAAAAAGGAUUCUCUUGAUGACCAUAUUAAUUAUAUAUUAAAAGAAAAAGAAAAAUUAAUUUGUGAAACAAAUAGUAAGGAUAGUAUUAUGUGCUUCCUUAAUAAAAAGAAUCAGAAUAAAAAUAAAUAUAAUACAUUAAAUACUAGCUUAAUUAAUUCUUUAUUAUAUUUUGCUUUACAUAGUUAUAUUAACAACUUGAAUACAUUAAUAUUUUGUUGUACCAAAAAAAUGUGCGAAUUUUAUAUUAACCUAAUAAAUGAAUAUCUCAAUACCUUAAAAAGUUUACCUAUACCACAAUAUAUAGAUAUGAAAAGAAAAGAAUUAAAAGAAAAAAUAUAUAACAUAGACAAAUGUAUAUAUGAAAAAAUGCAUAAAUUAAUAUCUAAUGGAUUGUGUUAUUAUUAUAGUGACAUAUCACAUUCUGUUAAACGAUUAUUAGAGGUUGCUUAUAAAGAAAAAACCUUAUUUUUAUUAACUUGUACAUCAACCCUUUCGGUUGGAUUAAAUUUAUUUGUAGAUAGAGUUAUUAUUUCAUCCCCCUUUGUUGCUCAGAAUUUUUUAACAUAUACACAAUAUAAACAAAUGAUUGGUCGUGCAGCUAGAUUAAAAAAAGGAGACUCAUUUAUUUUUGUCGAUAAAGAAUAUGAGAAGAAAAUGUUAAAUAUAUUUAAAGAGACAUUUACAAAUAUUACAAGUACAAUGCAUGCAAAUACUUUUGAAGAAUUAGAAAAAUAUGUUAUUGAAUUCUUAUGUUUAUAUAACGAAAAUGAAUAUAUAUCAUUUUAUGAUGUUAUUCAUAUGUUUUCUUUUUCCUUGUAUUAUACCGAAACUAUAUUAAAUACAUUAAAACAAGAAAUGAAUUCAAGUCCUUCGAUAUAUACAUAUAAAGAGGGUAAGGAUCAGAAACAUGCCCCUACGAUUAGUGUCAAGAAAAUUUUGGAUUCUCUUCAUCGUGAUAGCACAUCUACAGAGGAAACAGCAACAAAAAGGAAGAACCAUAAUAAGGAAGAUAAUUAUAUGGGUGGAAAUAUAUAUGGAGAUAAUAAUAAAAAUGAUGAUAAAUGUGAUGAUAAAUGUGAUGAUAAAUAUGUUGAAAAUUGCUAUACACUUUAUAAUAAUAAUCAGCGUGGUUUUAUACAUGGGGAAAAUGUGACUCCCAUAAAUAAGACAGAAGAAGUUAAAAAAGAAUAUAAGAAUGAAAUAUUAAAAGAGAAUAUAAAUACAUCAUAUUCAUUUUAUUUUAAUAUAAAUUUAAAUUAUUUUACAUGUGAUGAAAUAUUAUUUUAUCAUAACAAAAAGAAUGAAAUAUAUAAAGUAUUAGAUAAUUUAUUAAAACAUAAAUGUAUAGAAAUACAUAAUGAGAAGAUAAAAAUAACAAAUUUUUGUCGUUCUUUAUGUAUAAGUAAUUUAAAUUUAUCUAUAGGUAUAGAUUUAAUUAAUGAAAUACGUAUGUAUGAUAAAAUAUAUUUAUAUAAUAAAUUUCAUUUAUGUUAUAUAUGCUCAUCUUAUAACAUUAAUAUUGUGUCAUUUAAUUAUGAGCUCUCACAUAUAAAAAAUGUAUUAUCAUUAAUCUCAGAUAAUUAUACAAAAAAUAUUAUAUUCCAAACAUUAAAAUUUGAUAGUGAUUUAAUUAAUAUGCUAAAUUUGAAUUCUCAACAUAAUCAAAAGAAAAAAACAUACUUUUCAAAUUCACAACUUGAAAGGAAAUAUAGUAAAUUAUAUUUAUCGAUACUUUUGUUUCUAUAUUUAAAUGACGAAGAUAUACAAAUAAUAUGCUCCAUCUAUAAAAUCACACCAGAUGUAUUAAAAUCAAUAGUAAAACAUACAUAUAUGUAUAUAAAUAUAUUAAUAUCCUUUUUUGAUAAAUUAAAUGAAUGGAUACUAGUAUGUUUGCUCAAAAAAUUUCUACAAAAUUUUAAAAGUUCUAAACAACUUUCUAUAUAUGCUGGGAAAUUUAAGAAAGGCAAAAGUUAUGAUCAAAUGAAAUAG